AUGGUUUUUCCUUGGGGCUUUAGAAGUAAUGUUAAAAUACAUCAAUCUAACAGUGAUAAAUCUAUCGAUUUGCCUUUAAGGAAUGGUGAAAAAACAAUCAAAUACGCAGAUUUUAUCAAAGACGAAUUGCCAAUUAUCGAUGAGAAAGAAAAAUUAUGGUUGAACCCACUUUUAUUUAAUGGAUUAUUACAAACAUUAUACUAUUCGUCCGCUAACUUAUCUCAUAAGUUCCAAGUAUAUUAUGGUAGGGAGAUUUUCACAUAUGAAGAUGGAGGUGUUUGUUCCAUUGAUCAUGUAAUCCCGCAACCAGAAAAUACUGAAGAAUUCAAGGCACUUCACGAUAAGACCUUACCAGAGGGAUGGCCAAAAUUGCAUCCUAGAUCUAGAUAUUUUUCCAAUGAAGAAUUAGAACAGGUUAAUAGCCCUAGUGAAGGUUCACAAUCUACGAAACCAAUUUGUGUUGUCUUGCAUGGUUUAGCAGGUGGUUCUCACGAACCAUUGAUUCGUAACUUAGCAGAAUACUUGAGUACUGGCAAGAAUGAAAAUAAAUGGGAUACUUUAGUUAUUAAUUCUAGAGGAUGUUGUCGUACUAAAAUCACCAACGGAAAAUUGUUUACUGCAUUAUCAACCGGUGAUAUUCACGAAGUUUUGGUUGAAUUAAAGAAAAGAAAUCCUAAUAGACCUAUUUACACCGUCGGGUUUUCAUUUGGAGCUGCUAUUUUGGCCAAUUACUUAGCUGAAAUAAAGGAUGAUACCAUGAUAACCGCUGCCUGUUUGGUCGGUUGUCCAUGGGAUUUGAUCGACAGUGCCUACCACAUUGAAAAAUCAUGGUCCGGUAGCUAUCUUUUUAAUCCUGCUUUAACCUCGUUUUUGAAUAAGUUGGUGAAGAAUAACUUUACUGAGUUAAACCACCAUAAUCCGGAAUUAUUCAAUGAAGAGAACUUAAAGAGAGGUAUGAAGCAAACUAAGACCUGGCAAUUUGACUCUGUGUACACCUGUCACACUAUUGGAUACAGCAAUCCUUUUGAAUAUUAUAGAGACGCUUCUCCAGUUAAUAGAAUCCUGAAGAUUCACACACCUACAUUAAUCUUGAACUCUACGGAUGACCCGGCCGUUGGUGUAAGAUUACCAUGGAUGGAAGUUGAAAAUAACCCUCACCUUUGUAUGGUGGAAACUGAUUUAGGUGGACAUUUAGGUUAUGUUCAAUCUUCUGGAAAAUUCUGGUGUGUCCAAUUAGUUGAAGAAUUCUUUGCUAAGUUUGAUGAAUUAAUCGCCUCCUAG